UCAACGCCCCGUGUCAUCUCGUCAUGAAUGUUCGCAAGCCUUCUACCAAUCCUAGAAACCGGCCAGCGGAUCCCGUCGCAGACCUGACGGCCAAGUGCACAGAAAAGGAUGGACGCAGACAGCGCGACAGCGUCAGCCGGAAGAGGGCCCAGAACCGGCUCUCCCAGCAAUGCUUUCGGGAGAAGAACCGUGUCCGUGCUAAGCAACUCGAGACUUUGGGAGAGCUGAUCAAAUCCUCCGCGGAUUCCACAAUAGUCCCAAGUGCAGAGCAAUACAAAGACCUAUUGAACAAGCAAUUUGCUUUGAUGGAGGAGAAUAGUCUUUUGAGGGAUGCUCUGCUCAAGAUGCGGAAGAAGCUGCUGUCGCUCAGCUCGGCAGCUACUGCUGCCGCAGAUGACCCAGCAGCCGUUGAUUUACUCCUAAAAAGAAGUGCACCCACAGGGUCCGAGGUCCUCCACCAAACGGAGCGAAUCGAGAGAGCCUCAGAGACAAACUUGGCUCCGGGGGAGGUUCAUGAAGGAAACCCUCCGUCGCCAGGCGAACCAAUGCAAGAAGUCCUCCGGCACACAUCUCUCCAUGUUAACAGCGGCUUAGCUGUCAAUGAACUGGAUGCGUUGGACUUUGCAGGCCUGUAUGAUCCCCCACAAGACUCGCCAGAAUCUGCGUGCGCUCUGUGGCCAAUGGCAGCAAUGUCAAUGCCAAGCACUGCUACUGUCCACGUCGUCCCCGAUGAUCCAGGCUUCACAGACAGCGGUAGCAGGCAGGGUGUUCUGUCUUUAAAUAGCUUCAUUUUCACAGCUCCCACUAUGCCACCAGCGGCACUCUAUCCGGACGGAGUGCAAGAACAGCGGCAUGUUGUGCCCCAAUGGCAGUUCGUUCCCGACAGCGACGAGCUCACUCAACGAUCCUUCACCUUACAUACAACUGACUAUUGGACGGUCGAAGAGGCAUGCAUGCGGUACCUCGCACAAUUAAUUGACACAAAUCUGCCGCACUCAACACUUGGCUUUGUCCGGGGCCUGGGGCCGCUGCACUCAGAUCCCGCAAAGUGGAAUCCACUGAGACUUCACAUCGGAAGGUCGGCGUUAGCAGGCGACGUUAUUGACAAUUUAGUUCGGAUUGGGACUGAGCUGAUAUCAAAAUCUUCUGGCCUCGCGCAUUAUAUUUAUGGGGUUGGAGUCAAUGAUUACAUGGAGAAAAUCCUUCGUUGGAGGAUAUCUCCCACCCCACAAAACCGCCAGGCGAUCCCAGAACCCUUUUGCCCUACGCCACUUCAACUGGCAAGCCGCAAUACAUACUGCGCCGUCAUUGACACGCUCACCUGGCCUUCCAUUCGUGACCAGCUCAUCGAACAAGCCGGGACCUACGACCUAGCCAGUAUCGUCUCAGACAUCGUCGAGCACACCGUGAUCGAAGUUGCGGGACUGGGUGGAGCGAUCAGCGUCCACGACACGUUCUGCUCACACAUCUUCGCUCAAAACGCGAAUUCUGCUGAGAUUGAUGAGCCGGCCCUCCCAGCCCCCUACAGCCUUCAAGCAACCCUUCAGAGGAUCGGCCUGCGCAUGCAAUCCAUGCCUUAUGUCGAACCCUCUCAUCCUUCAAGCCUUUCGCAAUGGCCCUACCAAAGACUCAGCCACAAGCAACCCCUUGCGACCGUCUGGGGCCUCGAUAAAUAUUUGCAGCGGAAGCUGAGUAUGGAAUUUGCGGCCACGCAUCUAUUCUUGGACUGCUCUGGAGGUACGCUUUCAUUUUGCUUCUUCCCUCACUUCCCCUGA